AUGCCUGGAAUUCCUCUGCACGCCCUUGACAACUUCAAGGCCAAGCUCAAGGCUGCCUUCAAGAAGAAGGAGAACAAGGAAGAAGCCAAACCCGCCGAGCAGAAGCCUACCGAGACCACGCCUGCCGACGCCACACCUGCCACCACCGAGCCUACAAAGACCGAGGCCGCUCCUCCUGCGCCAGCCACUGCGCCCGCACCAGCUGCCCCUGCGGCCGAACCUGCCAAGCCCGAGACAGAGGUCAAGCCUGAAGCUCCUGCGGCUGCUACUACCGAGCCCGCAAAGACAGAGGAGGCUGCUCCUGCUCCUGCUACUGAACCCGCCAAGCCCGAGGCUGCUCCGGCCACCGAACUUCCCGCUCCCGUUCCCGAGCCUGCCAAGACGGAACCUGCCCCGGCUGUUGAACUGCCAGCUGCUCCGGCCGCCCCAACUGCACCCGUCGUCGAGCUACCUGCUGCCCCAGCUGCCGCUCCCGCUGACACCACUCCUGCAGCUCCUGCAGCCCCUACUGAACUCCCUGCUGAGGCUCCUAAGGAAGAGGAGAAGAAGGAUACCCCUGCUGCUCCCGCUCCUGCCCCUGUUGCCUCUGCUUAA